AUGACGUCUCCCUGCGCCGCCGCAAGCGCUGCGCGUCCCCGUCCCCACCCCGCUCGCCAUCCCCCGGCGUCGACGCGGACCGCCGUCGCAGAUCUAGGGCUUCGCCGCCGGAUUCCGACAGCCGCGGUCGCCGCCGCGACGCCAAGCCCUCUGAGGAGAAGGAGAACGGCCACGCCAAGCCCGGAAGGAAUGAGGACGGCGACAACCGCCCUCCCCGGCGCGACAGGGUGUCAGAUGGGGAGGAAGGUGGCGAACGCCGGAGGAUGCGCGAUAGGGUUUCCGACGAUGAGAAGGAGGAAUGCCGUCGGCGCAGGCGGGCUAGGGAUGCGGAUGAUGAGCCGGACGACCGCCGUGGCAAGUGAGACCGGGAGAGGGAGAGGGACAGCCGGCGCCACCGCCGCCAGAGCCCUAGCUCAGAGUCAGGGUCCUCACCCGACGACCGUUGCCACCGCCGCCGGCGCCGAGACGAGGGCUCGAGGCGGCGGGAUGACCGCAGGCGAAGGGAGGACGACGGAGACGAGCGCCGGAGAAGCCCUGUGA